ACCUCUAACUGAGCGUCACCAAAACAAAACAAAAACAAUGAACUAAAUGAUUUUGUGGUUGUUUUGGAAACGGAUACUUAAAUAACGAAUUAGUGCACAGAAAUCAUAAUGACAAAACGCCGGUACACUGCGCUUCAGGAAGAGGUAAAUAUCCUCUUGACCAAAAACGAUGAACGCACACGAAAGGAACUCGAUGCACUGGAAAUUAAACUGGAUCACAUCCUGAGCAACCAAAGCGAAAUCCUGACGCGCCUUGGCGUUCUGGCUCAAAGCCGAUACGACCUUGAUGCCUGCGAGGUGGAUGUCUCAUAUUUCCCUGUUUCUGAUCCCGAUGAGCUGCCAAAACUGGACGGCUACCUGGCAGAGCCCGGCAAUCCCUAUGCUCGUUUAAUGCGUCGACUACUAAGGCCAGAUGGCGAAAUAACACCUCUGAAGAAAUGCCUUGUAAAGCUUUUUACCGAUAAUAUCAUGCUUUCUUUUAACUACGCCGGUGUUUCUAACAAACAAGCGUUCAAUCAAUAUAAAACAUAAACAAAACCCUUUUAGACAUCCAAAAAUCCAGUGGAUAUGUCAUAUCGGAUUACAUAACGGAAAUCAGAGCUGCCUUCCAUGCGGCAAAGCGUCGCUGUCACAAAAGAAAUCACGAUCAAAGGCGGAGGAGCCAACUCAGCCAGGAGGUUGAGGAUGAAAAUGAAUGGGACGACUAGCUAUUCCCGAAAAUGCAUCAGACUCGGAUAUCCGUAGCCUGUUCUAUUAACUUUUUAUGCAUUCGCAAUGGUUAAAUCUCAAAAGUAUAAGAAACCAAACAGGUUCUGGCCUUUUCUCUAGGUUCAGUUUUUACCACAUAAACGAGGUUAUUUUCGGCUUACGAACGCCAAACUUUCAAACCGUAACGUUCUGGUCGACAUCCCGCUUGAGAAAUAUGGAUCAAUGGUUCCACAAGCAAAUAUUAGUAUUAAGAUCUUUUAGUUAACAUUUGCAGAUCUUUUUUGAUGUCAAGACCUCAAUUUUGAAGUAAACAAUUUACUUUAAUAUAAAUUCGAAGUAUAUAAAACCUUAUAGUUGACAAAGUGUGACUCGAAAUAAACUUACUAUUGUUGCUAAGAAUUUUAAAUUGAUUAUGCAGAUUUAUUAAACUAUCAAAAACUUACAAAGAAAAGGUAU